UAUUUGUCUCGCGAGAUCUGGCAACACUGGCGGCUGCGGCUGCAGUUAGAGCGGUGCAUCUGGAAAGGAGCUCACCGGCUGGGUUGGUGGAGGACUGGGAGAGAAGAGGAAGGAGGCUCCGGGAGCAAGCGAGACAAAAAGGGUCAGGCCUGGGACUUGGGAAAAUCGGGAGAGCGGAGAGAAGAGGGGAUCAUCUCUCAUUUCUUUGGUUGUUUUUUUUUUUUCCUUUUGAGAAGUUUAUUUUCACCUCAUCUACAUCGCCCCAUUAUCAGACGUUACCCAUAAAGCCCACAGAAACCUUCGAAGAUGCCGUCCAACACUGUCACCAACACCAAUACCACUGCAUUCAAAAGCUCAGACUACGCUGAUUCACCUGGAAAAAGAAUGGGUGAAAGCACAAUACUGGACAUGGACCUGAUGACAGAGGAGUACUCGGCUAAAAGUAGUACCUCUUGUAAAGUUGGCAAGCCUGGAAGAAAGCGCAAGCCGUUUCCUGUCGAGAGCUGUGGCUCUAUCAAAGGCAGUAUGGGUGUGGGCAACAGCUACACUGGGAUGGGUAGGCCGUCCAUGGCACAGGUCUUCAAUGGAGAUGUGGACGGGCACAGAGACAGGACGUCCGACGCCUGCUUCCCCAAACAGGAGAAGAGGGAAGUGGAGAACGGGUUCCCGAGAGACCCUUCCUCCUGCCGGGCAGAGGAUAGCUCCCAGGGUCAGAGCCCGUCCCAGGAGAACGGAUUCCUGCCCAGCCGGGAAGAGCAGGACUCGGAGAAAGACAAGGACAACAGCCUGACGCCGCCACGCAAGAAACGAGGGAGGCGGAAAUUGGAGCGCCCAACAAAAUAUGUGGAGCACAAGGAGGAGAACGGGGAUCAUGCACUCAAGACUGAGGGAGGUCGAGGCAGGCUGCGAGGGGGAGUUGAGAUCAGCCUUCGUCAGAGGCCUGAGCCCCGAAUAACCUUCCAGGCUGGUGACCCUUAUUACAUUAGCAAGCGGACCAGAGAGGAGUGGCUGGCCAAGUGGAAGAUGGAGGCAGAGAAAAAGGCCAAACAGAUGUCAGCGAUGAACGCGAUGAAGGAUCACGAGCAGAAUGAAACAGAGACCCAGAAAGAAGAAGCCUCAAUAAUCAAACACCCAUCGCCUUCAAAGCUGCAGCAACAGCAGCAGCAGCAGCCUCAGUCGCACACUCAGUCACAGCCUCAGUAUCAACAGCAAUCACAGCCGUCGCUGCCACAACAACAACAUCAGCAGCCACCUCAGCAGCAGCAGCAGCAGCAGCAGCAGCCUACUGACCCUGCUUCCCCCACUGUGGCCACGACCCCUGAGCCCGUCGCCAUCGGAGGUGGAGACAAGCCAUCCCCUAAGUCUGCAGACACUGAGCCCGAGUAUGAGGACGGUCGUGGUUUUGGCAUUGGCGAGCUGGUUUGGGGAAAGCUGCGAGGGUUUUCGUGGUGGCCAGGCCGUAUCGUAUCCUGGUUGAAGACGGGACGGAGCAGAGCUGCUGAGGGAACCAGAUGGGUCAUGUGGUUUGGAGAUGGAAAAUUCUCAGUGGUCUGCGUCGAAAAACUCUUGCCUUUAAGUUCCUUUAAUAAUGCCUUUCACCAACCAACUUACAACAAGCAGCCCAUGUACAAGAAAGCCAUCUAUGAAGUGCUUCAGGCGGCUAGCAGCCGGGCAGGCAAGGCCUUCAUGGCCUGCCCCGACAGUGAUGAAACAGAGACCUCCAAAUCAGUGGAAAUGCUAAACAAGCAGAUGAUUGACUGGGCUAUGACAGGAUUUCAGCCCACUGGACCCAAGGCCUUAGAGCCACCUGAGGAGGAGCGUAACGCAUACAAAGAGGUUUAUCCUGAGAUAUGGGUGGAGCCUGAAGCAGCAGCCUAUACGCCCCCUCCAGCCAAAAAGCCCCGCAAAAGCACAGCAGAGAAACCGAAGGUCAAGGACAUCAUUGAUGAGAGGACACGAGAGCGGCUUGUUCAUGAAGUGAGACAAAAGUGCCGCAGCAUAGAGGACAUCUGUAUCUCCUGUGGAAGUCUGAAUGUCAGCCUUGAGCACCCGCUGUUUGCUGGAGGAAUGUGCCAGAGCUGUAAGAACUGCUUCCUAGAAUGUGCGUAUCAAUAUGACGACGAUGGCUACCAAUCGUACUGCACUAUCUGCUGCGGGGGACGCGAGGUGCUCAUGUGCGGAAACCACAACUGCUGCAGGUGUUUCUGUGUGGAGUGUGUCGACCUCCUCGUUGGUCAAGGAGCGGCACAUGCAGCCAUCAAAGAGGACCCGUGGAACUGCUACAUGUGUGGUCAGAAGAGUGUGUUUGGUCUACUGGGGCGUCGCGCUGACUGGCCCAGCCGUCUCCAGCACUUCUUUGCAAAUAAUCACGACCAAGAUUUUGAAACACCAAAGGUUUACCCCCCAGUCAUGGUGGAGAAGAGGAAGCCCAUUCGGGUCCUGUCAUUAUUUGACGGCAUAGCAACAGGGCUGUUGGUGCUGAAAGAACUCGGCAUUGAAGUGGAUCGCUAUGUAGCUUCUGAAGUGUGUGAAGACUCUAUCACUGUGGGUCACGUCAAGCAUCAGGGUCGCAUCAUGUAUGUUGGCGAUGUGAGGAACGUCACACGCAGAAAUAUACAGGAGUGGGGUCCCUUUGACCUAGUUAUUGGAGGAAGCCCAUGCAAUGACCUCUCUAUAGUCAAUCCUGCUAGGAAAGGUCUUUACGGAGGCACCGGCCGCCUGUUCUUUGAGUUUUACAGGCUGCUCCAUGAGACUCGACCAAAGGACGGAGACGACCGGCCUUUCUUCUGGCUCUUUGAAAAUGUGGUUGCCAUGGGUGUCAGCGAUAAGAGGGACAUAUCUCGCUUUUUAGAAUGCAACCCAGUGAUGAUCGAUGCCAAGGAAGUGUCUGCUGCCCACCGUGCUCGCUACUUCUGGGGUAACCUUCCUGGCAUGAACAGGUUGGUGUGUGAAUGGCCUUUGAGUGCUAUGUGCAGUGACAGGCUGGACCUCCAGGAAUGUUUAGAACACGGCCGAAUAGCCAAGUUUGGCAAGGUGAGGACCAUCACCACCCGGUCUAAUUCCAUCAAGCAGGGCAAGGACCAGCACUUCCCAGUCUUCAUGAAUGAGAAAGACGACAUACUUUGGUGCACUGAGAUGGAGAGGAUCUUUGGCUUCCCAGUUCACUAUACGGACGUGUCCAACAUGGGCCGACUGGCAAGGCAGAGGCUCCUGGGAAGAUCAUGGAGUGUCCCGGUUAUCCGCCACCUGUUUGCACCACUCAAAGAAUACUUUGCCUGUGCCUGAGCAGCAAGAAAACUCACUCGGAACCAUUUAGGAACUACAACUACAUGUUGUGAGUAGAAAUAAGAGCCUUGCUCCUCAAAUUAUACUCUUGUAUAAUUUACAAGCGAAACAUUGACGUAGAUAUCACAUUAUUUCUUGUAUUUGAAUUGUAAUUCUUAUUCUAUUUAAUUUUGAUAUGUCAUUUUACCUUUUAGCAGUGUUAUCAAAUAUUGUUGAUUUGUUUGUGCAAGCUAUACUUGAGACUAUGCUUUCUUCUGAAGACACUGAGACAGAAAAGUGCUAAACAUGAAUUUUAAAAGAGACGGUAACGCGAUGGGAAAGAUCUGAAAGAUAUAGGACAUGGUUUUAAGAUAUGUGAAAUGUUUCUGCUGUGUGAGCAUACUGUACGUCGUGGCUGUGAGAUUCCCACCUGCAGUGCAGCCAUGCUUCCAGCUACUGAGCCUCACAGAGAUGUGAAAGAGAAAGCCGACUUUCUUCAGUGUCAGGAGAGCUGUGUCUUUAAGAAUCCAAAACACCAGAUCACAUAUACCUCUUUGUUUACAGUUUCUAUACACAACUGAAGGUAAUAACGGUACUACUGUAAUAUGGUUACAAUACCAUGGUGCUCCAAGAUGAUGAGAAACAUCAUAGCCCAUGUGGCACUAUGACUUUAGACAAUACGGAGCUCUUCAACCUGUUGCUGGAAAAAACAUGUGAUGUAUUUACACUUGAUGAAAAAAAAAAACAAUUCUGCUCCGUGCCGUUUUGUUCACUUCAAAGACAGUAGACUGCAAAAUAGAGUAUCUCCUCUUUUUUUGCAUUUUACAGCUUUUAUACAAUUUGUACUGGUGCUCAUUUAAUCUCUCAGCCUUGCCACACUCAGGCUCACUACCUGGAUCUGCACAAACAGAAAGUGAAGCUAGCCACAUGGGAAAUGAUGUUUUCUGUCAUUCAAAAAAAAAAAAAAAAAAAACCAUAAGAUCAAUGUCUGUGAAACUAUUUUUUUUUUCUAGUUUCAUCCUGACCAAUGACAUUACUGUACAACUGUUAGCAAGUGUGGUUGCUGGAGGGAGGUAGGUUGACCAGGCCGGGUAUCUCUGCUCCUCAACUUUCACCUCUCUAAACUGAAAAACUGUCAGGUGCAAAUCUUCAACAAUAUGGUGCGGCUUCACAAAGUUCUUCUACCUUUUUAUAGCAAUUUUGUGCUGGUUUAUCAACAUUAUAAAGCACUUUUAUAUGUAUACUUUCUUUUUUUUUUUUUUUUCUUGAUAUUUUUAAAAAAAAUAUUGGUUCUUGUGAAUUGUUUAUGUUGUUAUGUUUUAUGAUGUGAAUCUGCCCUCGUGUAAUACUUUUUGUAUAUAGUAGGGCUGUGCCAAUAGAAGUGGAAGAAUGGAUUUUGAUAUGUGAAACCCAUUUUUUUUGACUCAGUGUAUAGUAGAUGGAUUGACAUUUGUAACCCCAAACCCCCUUUCCCUCCUCCAUCAUCAAUAUUGUUCUCUGUUUGAAAACAGCGAUACAGUAUGUUACUACCCAGAUUCAUAAAAUAUCUAUUUCUAUUAAGAUUGUAAAAUGUAAGACAGAGUUUAAGAACUAUGUCAUGCGCUUUGUACAAUAUUGUGUCCAUUGUGAAGGACAGUUGGCCCUGAUAAAUCGUAGUCGUCAUGUUGACAAAUUUUAAGUGCUGAUCCAAAUUUGGAUUACAUUAACAAACUAAAUUCUCUUGAUUGUAACCUCUAAGCUAAAUAUGGAGGAUUUAGGCGGCAGUUUGUCAAAACGUAAAACUGACACAGUGCUUGUCAGCACUCAAAGAAUAAAGAGGGUAAUAAAAAAACAGAUGUUAUCGCUUAUCUAUAUCAUAUUUAAGAUUCAAAAUUUGAAAUUUAAUUUCUUAAUGUAACUAAUUUCUUAAGUGACCUUAUUGACAUAAUUUUUGUCCACGCACACCAGGCUCAAUAUGAGAUAUUGUGCUUUGUGAUAUUUUAACCAGAUGUUAUUUUCCCCUCCUCCUAUAAUACUUAACAUACCCUCAUGUUUGUAUAUAUGUACAUAGAGUUUUCCGGUUGCUGUUUUUUAAUUUUUGUUUUUUUUGUUUUUUUUUACCUAUGAGAUGUACAAAUAUAAUUCUUUGCUAAUAUAUAUCAUCAAAUUAGGAAAAUUCUUAGGUUAAAAAAUAAAAAUCAAGUGACAAUUUUGAUUCAAAACUUGCUUUUAGCAUUAGAUGUAGGGAGACUCCAAGUCGACUUUAUCGUACCGAUUCUUUUUUGUGUCAAGUGAAUCCAGAUUUAUUGUUGUGAUCUUAAUAGUGGCCAAUGGACAGCAUUAAGAUGAACGGUCUCUACUUCACUGCACAGCCCUACAUUUUUUGUUUUUUUUGCUUCUGUUUUCUUUUGUAAGAGGGAUUGUAGGUGUUUCCGAUGGUGCUAAACAUUUUAUCUAAAAUAUAUUUGAUUGGAAGAGAAAUAAACAUGUGUCGACAUUGACUGUUUUUAAGUUCCUUGUAGUAACGGAAAAAUAACUAUUAUUUCACUCAUAUAAAUAUAUUAACAAAGGCAUUUUAACUUUGUACUUGAAAAAAUAAGGAUAAGGAAUAAUGAAAGGUUUCCUAUAUUGUUUUAGACUAGAGAUUGCUGUAGUUGGUGCUUAUCUGUGGGAAAAUCGUGUGAGAAAAAAAAAACCAGUAAUACGUUUUACUGUAGCAUAAUAUAUGCUUAAUACGCAUUGCUUCUUAAUCGUACAUUCCAUGCCGUAAUAUUCUCCAUGUCUGUUUUCAAAAUGUUGUUUUGAAUUCAUUGUUAUUUUUUACCAGAAACAACAUUUCAUUUUUAAUGUUCAAGGCAGGUCAAUAAUUCUAUAUGUCAUAACUGUUUAUGGCCUAUACGCUUUCUCCUCAAGAACAGUUCGUACAGCAAAUGUAGCAGUCAUUCUCCACUUUGACCCCCCCUCCCCCAGACUUAUGUUUAGUGUCCAGAAAGAAGAUACAGGCUCCCUAUGUACUUGUGCUGGAGAACACUUGAAUAAAUGUAUUGUUUUUGUGCAAAAAAA